AUGGAGACAUACUACGGACACGUUCGCACACCGGCGGACGCCAUCAUUCUGUUCGAGGCCUGUCGCAUUGGUCUUCUGCCUCGAGUUCAGCGCCGACUAUCAGAAAAAGAGCGCCAGUCGAUACGGUCGGGCUCUGUCUUUGUCUGGGAUGAGCGAGAAGCUGGGAUGCGCCGAUGGACCGAUGGAAAAUCAUGGAGUGCCAGCCGAGUCUCUGGGAGCUUUCUCACCUAUCGCGAGAUGGAAGGGAAACGAGGCGGUGGCACUGGUCCCCAAACAUCGGUCUCGCGACCCGGUAAGACGCCAGAAAGCCGAGGUAGCGACGACGAUCGAGGCGACGGCACAGACGAGGGUCCUGAUGGGUAUCGAUACAAGCCCGACGGCCUGAUGAAGCAGUCUUUCAGUAUCACCACUUCAACAGGGCAGCAUCUCCACUUGAUCAGCUACUACUCUCGUUCUCACCCAUCCGCCGCCAACCUCCAACAACCGACGACCGACCCAGCCCUCCGUCAUGUUCGUCCACAAAAAGGCCUCUAUCCCGAGUCCACGGUCAACGAUCAACAAAACCUCCCGGUCGUGACCCGGGGCCCUAUGCCUGGCGCUGCUGCGUAUCCUAUAACACCGCACCCCAUGAGCGGGUUUCCACGGACAGUGGCGGGCCAUCCCCAGCCUUACGCGCAAAUUCAUCAUCCAUGGCCGCCCACUCCUCUCGCAACUCCUCCCACCAUUGCGGUCCCCUACCAUGGGGCCGCUUUCUUACCCCCGGUGGCUGCGCAUAACGGCCCAUCUCCUUAUGGCCCCCCGCCGCCACCACAUCAACCUCCUCCUCAUUUCCAGCAGAUCUCGCAUCAAUUACCUCCCCCGGACACGCGAUCGCCAGCCCCCGGACCCCCGACCGUUGGUGCCCCAGUCUAUCCUGGACGAUCACCUCGAUCACUGCCUCAACAGCAGCCUCCCGCGCCCGAGCAAAGAAGUCCCCGGGUAUACGGUCACCCUGCGUCUGAUCCGCGAAUGUCCUCGCCUAGGAAUCCUCCCAUGCCUGCCCUUCAGCAAGCAAACGGGGUCGCACAUAGCCCCCAGGUGCCCAAGCAGACACCUCCCAUCGCAACGCACCAGCUAGGCCCCAUCAACAAUUCUCCCAAGCCGAAGUUGGGCGCAGUCCCCGGUAUUGGGUCACUCGUCAGUGGUGCCUCGCUCGCCCCGAUCACAGCUGCCGCGUCUGGCGCCAGUGGACCAGGAAGUCCUCACGUCGCCCGUGCAUCAAUCGUUCCCGACGGACCUCGAGACAUUCCCAAUGAUAAGAUUGGGUUUGUCGGGGAGGAUAUGAGAGCACUGCGGCAAUUAGACCGCGUCUUCAUCUGA